CUAGCAGAUUACCAUAAAGAAUCCAUUUGUCAUUCCAAAUGUUGUUCUUUCCGUUUCCCCACUCGAUCGAUCUCCAUCGAUUGGCUUCUUUCAGUAAACCCCUUGCACGUAACAAACUUUUCAAUUCUGAUCUCCCUUCAUAUGCAUAUAUUAUUGGGGAAAACACAAUCCUUCAGCCAUCUUUCUCGGAUGGGGCGAUAAAAGAAUGAAAUGAAAACCCUCCAACCUGGCUAGUGUCUUUGCGUGAGCUGAUUUCCAUCGCCCUACAUUCCGUCCUUCCAAAUUGCGCGGAGGGUUUUUAUCUCCAUUAUAAGAUGGGAUAAUUUCCUCGAAUUGUUGUUUUCUGUCUUCUCCCCUUCAAUUUGCUCUCCUUUGGUGAACCUGCCGAUCGAGCCGCCACCAUGGAUGUGUAUCAGAGGAUCCUGAACAUCGCAUUACCUCCUCUGGUUUGGCUUACGGUAUUUGUGAUGUUACCCUGGUUAUUUGCGUUCAGGGCUUUUCAGUUUGUCCUCAAACGAUCGUUAUGGUACGAGAAUGUGUCCGGUAAAGUCGUGGUGAUCACCGGCGCUUCAUCUGGAAUCGGCGAGCACCUAACGUACGAAUACGCGAGGAGAAGAGCACGAUUAGCCAUAGCAGCCAGGAGAGAAGAUCGUCUCCAGUGUGUCGCGGCGAAAGCCAGGCAGUUGGGUUCGCCCGAUGUCAUCUUCAUCAGGACCGAUGUUUCCAAGUUUGAGGACUGCAGAAAGCUUAUUCAGGAAACUGUUGAUCACUUUGGGAGAUUGGAUCACUUGGUGAACAAUGCUGGGAUUACCAAGCUCUCCUGGUUUGAGGAAUUCACCCCUGUUUCUGAGUUUCAAAACGUUAUGAACAUCAACUUCUGGGGUGCUGCAUAUUGUACCCAAUUCGCCGUGCCGCAUUUGAGGAAAACCAGAGGAAAGAUUGUAGCAGUUUCCUCUGUUUCAGGGCGUAUGGCUUCCCCUAAGAUGGGUUUCUACAGUGCGAGCAAGUCGGCAAUGAUAAGCUUGUUUGAGGGACUGAGAGUUGAAGUCGGUUCAGAAAUCGGGAUCACCAUCGUCACUCCUGGUUUAAUCACUUCCGAAAUGACCGAAGCUGAAGAAGUCCAAGCUGAGCCCUUUGUGAAGUUCAUACCGCCUGAAACCCCAGGAACCUGCGCCAAGGCGAUCGUGAACGGUGUUUGUCGGGGGGAUCGGUACCUGACGGAGCCAUCAUGGAUGAGGAUGUUCUACCUGCUCAAGUUUGCUUGCCCUGAAGUUAUGGAACUCUGCAAUCAGUUGAUAAUUGCUAACUUGAACGGAAAGAAAGUUGCCUAGUCAGGACUCUGGCUCUGUCAGGAUUAUUACAGCAGAGUAGCUAACAGGAGUCUGUCUGUGGGUAGUUACGAUCUUCUUGUUUCAGCGUUUUGCUUUCUUGAUUUUCCUUGUUCCCUUGGAUCACAUCACAUGGCUGGCAUCCUGAUUAUACAUGACAACAAUGAAUAAAUAGAUGGUAUAUGACAACAGUAGCGGUACUUGAUAGCUUUUUGAAGCAAAGAUGAGCAAGUGAUUACCAAUGUUUGAAGUUCAAACCCACAAUCGAUUGGUAGUGAGUCUGGCUGCCUUGGGUUGAACCAAAAGGAAGUAAAUUCAGAUGUCGUAUGAGGAAGAAUUGCUCAGUUCUGCACGCUGCCAAAAUCGACAGUGAAAAGUGAAAACCGACUGACUAAAGCGCAAACUGGAGGAUUUGAGUUGUCGACUGACUAAAGAGCAGAUUGGCGGAGUUGCACCGCCAUCUUCACCUACACAUGCAAAACUGUUGCUUCUAGAAAGAAACUGGCAGAGAAGAUGGUUGAAAACCUGAUUCUCGAAGCUAGAAUACCAAAAAGGUUGGACUGAAUCUCCCACAUGUUCUGUUUCUUCUUUGUAAUCAUGUUUUUCUCCAUAUGACUAUGAGUAGCUAAACUCCUAAUUGUUGUUUGGAUUGGUGGAACACUAGCCUAACCGGGUUCCAUAUUAUUAAUCAUGAUGAUGAGUUGAGGUAUUUCAGCUGAAUGAUUGUCUCUUUUUAUUUGUGUAUCCUUGCUAUGAUUUUAGGAAGUUAGUUCUAAAAUUGGCAAUUAUUAACCGUAAUAAACAAUAAUUCAGUAAUAAUUCCCAACAAAAAAAAUAGGCGGAUCAGUGGUCUAGGCAAAAUUCAACUGACCGGACCUGUCAUAAUGGUCAAUUGACAUUUGAACCAGCCAAACAAAUAAGGUUGGUGGGUGGGACAGGCCAAUGAAAGUUUUCAGGCCUUAGGGGUGGGCAUUCGGUCGGUUCGGUUUUGACCGAACCGAAAUUAUGAAUACCGGGUCCCCGAAUUCUUCCAAAUCCCAAACCGAAUUCGAACCGAAUUAUAAUUCAGUUCGGUUCGGUUUUCACACAAAACCGAAUUUUUUAGGCUACUUGUAUUUUCUCACUUCUAAAUUAUUUUUCACCCCUAAUAUAAACAAUAAAUAUGCAAUUAUAUGCAUCAUCAAUGAAAAAUCAAACUUUUCAAUACAUAAGUCAUAAAAUAUUUCAAAUAUUUAAGUCUAAAAACAACUACAAACAUAAAAAAAAAACCACCAUUUGAAGCUUACAAUUAUAGUAGUUCGGUUUUUCGGUCUGAAAUUUGAAAAUUCAGUUCGGCUGAAAGAACCUUGGUUUCCAAAAUAUCCAUAUUUCCCUUUCGAAUUCUGAACCGAAUAGCAUUAUUUCGAUUUCGGUUCGGAUUGCCCACCCCGAUUGAGGUGCCUGUCUGCCAUCUUUUUUCUCACUUCUAAAUUAUUUUUCACCCCUAAUAUAAACAAUAAAUAUGCAAUUAUAUGCAUCAUCAAUGAAAAAUCAAACUUUUCAAUACAUAAGUCAUAAAAUA